UUGCCAGCGUCUAGAAACCAACAAUCGUGUUGAUGUAGUGAUUCUGAAAUCAACAAAAUAAUUUUAAGAGUGCUCAAUAAUUGUAGUGAUUCCCAAUACAAUUAAUAAUUUUUCAAAUCACUUUCAAAUAUCAUGGAUCAAGCAAAUAAACUUAAAACACUACUUGAAGAUACAAAAUAUAGCAUUUUUCAAGCCAACGGUCAACGCAUUUAUGGAUUGCGCAACAACGAUGCCAACAAAUUUCCCCCAAAAGGAACUGAGCUCUUUGUCGGCAAGUUGCCUCGCACAAUCUACGAAGAUGAACUCGUGCCGCUUUUUUCGCAAACCGCGCCAAUUUAUCAGCUACGCUUAAUGGUGGACUUCGCCGGCCGCAAUCGCGGCUACUGCUUUGUCCGUUAUUUUACGCGCGAGGCGGCUGAUAUGGCCCUCCGUAAGUUACACAAUUAUCAAAUCCGCGAGGGAUGCCAGAUCGGCGUGUUCAAAUCUCUUGAUAACACGAGGCUUUUCGUCGGUGGCAUUCCACAGAACAUAACAAUCUACGAGUUGAAAGAAGCGCUUGAGCAGCACAUGGACGGUAUUAAAGAUGUUAUUAUGUACCCCAUGGCGUUUGAUCCAACUCGCAAUCGUGGCUACGCUUUUAUCGAAUUCGAGAAUCAUCGGGCGGCGGCAAUAGCCCGGCGGUGCAUUCCGCCUAGGUCACUGAUGCUGUGGGGACUCAGGAUUAAAAUCGAUUGGGCGGAACCGCUGCCUGAACCUGACCCAGAAAUCAUGUCCAAGGUUACCGCGCUUUACUUUCGUAAUUUUCCAUCGCAGCUGUCGUAUACCGAAUUGAAAGACAGCAUUGAAGCCGUGGUUGAACCGAACUCAAUCUACAAGAUAUCCAAAUGCAGCGAUUAUGGGUUUGUGCAUUUUAGAAAUCGUCACGAGGCCGAAGGAGGUAUUCGGGCUUUGCGUAAUUUGAUGAUUUACGAUCAUAGAUUAGAGGUAACAUGGGCGCGCCCGAAGAUGUACAGUAAGAAAGUUAUGCAGAAUAUUAUACCAUCACAUUAUUGCCUGUCGUUGCCUGCUAAACAACGCUGGAUUGUCAAGCAGAAAUGUAAGGACCCAAGAUCAGGUGAAUCCAGUGAUUAUGAUGAUGCUGCUUCUUCUGAUGGUAGGACCUCUUUAAAGGAAAGCACCCAGAGAGUUGAUAGAUACAUUGCUAAGUAUUUGGAAGAGGAUGAACCAUCGACUUCAAAAGAAUAUUUUUAA